AUGCCUCCGUUCUCCUUUCAAAAGGGCUUGAGACUCAGCGCUGAUAUCUACCCGGAGAUGCUGAGGUGCGUGGUGAAGCCCUGGCUAGACAAGAUCGCCGCCAGACGCCCCUACGUCUUCCAGCAGAACUCCGCUCCUGCACACAAGGCCAAAAUGACCCAGGCGUGGCUGCUCAACAAUGUUCCUCAUCACUGGUCGCCGGACUUCUUCUGGGGCGUGAUCAAGGCCAAGACCAACAAGCACGUCAACAACACCGUCGACUCUCUGAAGGCUUCCAUCGUGGAGGAGAGCGGAGUCCUGCUGGAAGACUUAGGGGCACCCGACGGCGGUCUCGAUCAUCCAGGAUUUCACCACGCUCCUCAGUACCUCCUAGCAGAUCUCAGCUGUGACUCCCCGGCCCUUUGGAAAGAAGAACGGAGGCAUGACGCCCCCCCACCCCCGCCCUCGCUGGAGAUGACGCCCAGGAACAUCCACUUAUCGUUCUGCCUGUUGCUCGUCUGGUCCUGGAUGAAAUUCUUUUCAUCAGAGAAAAACCUCAGUAUUCCGGCGGACUCGUUCUUGUGCUCCUUCAGCAAAGCCGCCGCCUUGAUCUUCCUCGACUACUUGGAGGCAUUUGUGGUGAGCAUGCGUCUCCUCGACGGCGGCGACGAACUCGUCGAUCCUAACAUCCGAAGGACUAACGUUGUUGGCCUUUCGCUUGGCAGUAAACUCGUCCUUGUUCUCACACGCCUUUCACUUCUUCCAAAUGUCCAUGACUAUGGUCCUCUCGAACCAAAACCAGACCAUCACUUCCGCAGGCUUCUUCCCGACGCGAACAGAAGCUACUACCGCUGCUCUGCGCUCAUAUUCCAUCUUAGCAAAGGGUAG